UGCAGCUGAUGCUGAUGAAGAGGAGGAGUGCAUGAUCAUCGAGCCUGAGCUCAGCGCUACGCCACCUGCAGCCGAGGAGGGCGACGCUCUCUCUCGGAGGGCGGAGGAGGUUGCCAACUCUCUUCUCCACCUCGGCCGAGUCUCGCACUCCGAUACUGACAUCGAUGCUCCGAGCGCGGCCAUUCAGCAGCCUGUUGCCAUGGAGACUGAGGAGGAUGUCGCCGUGGCAGCGGAACAGGGCGAAGAGGAACAAGAGGAGCAGGAGGGGGAAGUAAAUGAGGAAGAGGAGGAGGAGGAGGUGGAAGGCAGAGUUGAAGUGCCAGGAGAGUCAUCUGUUCCACAGAAGGAGGCAGCUGAAGUGGGUAAAGACGAGGAAGAAGAGCUGGAGGGGGAGGGGGAGGAGGAAGAGGAAGAUGACCGUGAAGAUAGGGGCAAGAAUAUGAGGCAGGAGGACUUGAACCACCACUAUCUCACCGGAGAUGUCCAUCGACAGAUCAAAGAAGAGGAGGAGGAGGAGGAGGAGGAGGAGGAGGAAGAGGAGGAAGAGGUGGACACGUCAGUGCAGCAAAGACAGGACAUCCCAGAGGAGGAGGAUGAUGAUGAGGAGGAAGAUAAAGAGGAUGACAAAAAGGUGAACCAUGUUCUGCCCACUUCAAAUGUGCCAAUUGCCGUCCGCACCAUCACCAGCACCGCAGCAGCUCAGGGAACACACAUCAAGACUGAAGACCACAGGGCCAGUCCUCUGGAGGACUACAGCUCCCACAGGGCCAGUCCCCGAGAGAACUACAACCCCAACAGAGCCAGUCCACUUGAAAAAUACAACACCCAUAAAGCUAGCCCGCUUCAAAACUACAAGGCCAGCCCUCCCUUAAGCUACAACUCCCACAGGGCUAGUCCGCUGGAGGACUACUUCCCCAACCUGCGGGGAGAGAACUACAAAAUUCACAAAGCCUCAUCCUCGGCCUCUCCCGACAUCAUCGAGGUACGCUCCGACAGGUCAGAGGAGAAAGACUUUGAAGACGAGGAUGGGGACGGCGAGCGGGACGACGAGGACAGCCUCUCCCAGCGCUCGACGGUGACCGACGAGUCCGAGAUGUUCGACAUGACCCGAGGGAACCUGGGGCUGCUGGAGCAGGCCAUCGCCCUGAAGGCGGAGCAGGUGAAGCCGGCCGGGCCCAGAGAGCUGCUCCGCACCCCGGAUGUCCACCACCAGCGCUACUUCACCAUGGACGACAGGCCCAAGCACCUGGACAGCAUCCGCAAGAGCUACUUCAGCAAAGAGAGCAGCAGGCCAGAGAAGAGGGAGAUCAAGUGCCCCACCCCGGGGUGUGAUGGGACGGGUCAUGUGACCGGUCUUUACCCCCACCACCGCAGCCUGUCAGGCUGUCCGCACAAGGACAGGAUCCCCCCGGAGAUUCUAGCCAUGCAUGAGAAUGUGCUCAAGUGUCCAACUCCUGGCUGCACCGGUCAGGGCCAUGUUAACAGUAACCGCAACACACACCGCAGUCUUUCUGGAUGCCCCAUCGCUGCGGCAGAGAAGCUGUCCAAGAACCACGAUAAGCAGCAUCUCCCUCAGCCAAUCAGCGAGCACCUCAAAGGAAGUCCUAACGACAGAGUUUUAAGGCCCAUGUGUUUUGUGAAGCAGCUGGAGGUGCCCCAAUACGGUAGCUACAGGCCCAACAUGGUGCCCACCACGCCGCGUGCCAACCUGGCCAAGGAGCUGGAGAAAUACUCCAAGGUGUCCUUUGAUUAUGCAAGCUUCGAUGUGCAAGUGUUUGGGAAGCGCAUGCUUGCUCCAAAGAUGCCCACCAGCGAAACCUCACCCAAAGCCUUCAAAACUAAGCCCUCAUUCCCCAAGUCGUCAUCGCCCAGCCUGAGUCUCCACGGUUAUGGGAAGAGCUCGUCCUCCUCCUCGGCCUACGACUACUCCCACGACGCCGAGGCGGCUCACAUGGCCGCCACCGCCAUCCUCAACCUGUCCACGCGCUGCUGGGAGAAGCCGGAGAACCUCAGCACCAAACACCACCACAAGGAAAUGGACAUUGAAGUGGAUGAGAACGGCACCCUUGACCUGAGUAUGAAGAAGCCCAUCAAACGUGAGGGCAGCCUGUCCACCACCAGCCCCGGCGUUCGAUCCCCGGACCCUUCUUCCUCCUCCUCUUCCUCGCUCCAUCAUGGCGGCGGCAGCGGGAUGACAUCGCCUCACCUGGGCCACGCCUACAAGCAGGAGGAGUGGGAGGGGCCUCUGGAUUACACCAAACCCAACCGCCAGCGGGAGGAGGAAAUGGAAAUGGACGAGAUGGAGCACACGGGCCAGUCGUUUGCCUCGUCCGACCCGGAGGACUGUGACAUGAUGCAGGACUGUCUGGAGGAGAGGAAGUACCCAGGAGAGGUCACAACCCCGAGCUUCAAGGUCAAAUUCCACCACAAGGAUACCAAGAAGGAGCUGCUCCUCUGCCCGACCCCUGGUUGCGAUGGCAGUGGCCACAUCACUGGAAACUAUGCAUCUCAUCGCAGAUGUCCUACUCCAGGAUGUGACGGCUCAGGUCAUAUCACAGGAAACUACGCCUCCCACCGAAGUCUGUCUGGGUGCCCGCGUGCCAAGAAAAGUGGAAUUAAAACAACUCCUACCAAGGACAACCAGGAGGACUCCGAGCUCUUAAAAUGCCCUGUGCCAGGCUGCGACAGCCUGGGCCACAUCAGUGGGAAGUACGCCACCCACCGCAGCGCCUACGGGUGCCCGCUGGCAGCCCGCAGACAGAAGGAGGGUCUCCUGAAUGGCACGCCCUUCAACUGGAAGGCCUUCAAGACGGAGGGGCCUACGUGUCCCACCCCAGGUUGUGACGGCUCUGGACAUGCCAACGGGAGUUUCCUCACACACCGCAGCCUCUCAGGGUGCCCCAGAGCCUCGUAUGCCAAGAAGAAGGCAAAGUUCCCCACAGAAGACUACCUGAGCACCAAGUUCAGAGCCAGCGAUGUUCUGGACAAUGAUGAGGAUAUCAAGCAGCUCAACAAGGAGAUUAACGAUCUCAAUGAGUCCAACAAUGAAAUGGAGGCUGACAUGGUUAACCUGCAGACUCAGAUCUCCUCCAUGGAGAAGAACCUGAAGAACAUCGAGCACGAGAACAAGAUGAUUGAGGAGCAGAACGAGGCUCUGUUCAUGGAGCUGUCUGGUCUCAGCCACGCCCUGAUCCGCAGCCUGGCCAACAUACGCCUACCACACAUGCAGGAGCCGAUCACCGAGCAGAACUUCGACAGCUACGUGAGCACCCUGACCGACAUGUACACCAACAAGGACUGUUUCCAGAGCCCCGAGAACAAGGCUCUGCUGGAGAGCAUCAACAAGGCCGUGAAGGGCAUCAAGGUCUGAGCCUCUGACCCCGCCGAGGGAAAACGUCCAGAAGAGCAGGAGUGUUAACAGAUCGAUGGAGCGAGGGAGGAGAGAAGGCGCGGAGAGACUCUACAACAUGUUGAAAGAGAAUUCAAAUACAAAAAAUUAAAGGGCAUUCAGGUUAUCUAAAUGAACGGCAACUUAAAAAAAAAAAAAAAAAUCAACCCAGGGAGCACUCUGUUUAAAGAAGACGACAAAAAGUGACGCGGACCAAAAUCCACACCAUGCUGCUGCUGGGAUUGGACAGGAAAGACCAAGAGGAAACGGCUACCAAAUCCUUCAGUGGGAAUGGAUGGAAAAGAAGAAUACUGAUACUAUAUUAUCUUGGGGGGUUUAUUUGCUGUAUGUUUACCUGUUGUCUCUUUUGUGUCCUUAACUGUUUUUUAAUUUAUUGUUUUUUUGUUUUUUUUAAUUUGGGAGGGGGUGUCACUGUUGCCCAGUGUAUCCAUUUUGGCGCUUUUAGAUCAGCUAAGAAGCGGAGAAAUGGGAGCAGGGGCUUGCUGACAGGAAUAUGUGAGCGCAUAUCGCCUGGCCGCGCAAAGAGGAGGACAUAGAUGAGCUAGGGACGUCUGCUCCUCUCUCUCUUAAACCCCCGGCUCGAGGAGAACUUGAAGACUCUCAGUGCUGUCCUGUAGCGUCCGAUGUGGCGAGUGUGUGUUUGCGGGCACCGGGGAGGCUCUCUGAUCGAUGACCACACACCCCAGCAAUAUGGAGGCAUACGCUGAACUGUUUGCUUUGUGUUAUUACCGCGGCACGAUGUCAACAGCGCGGUGUUGACUCAGUUCAGUGGAGAAAGUUCCUCAAGCAAGGUCAUGAUACUCCAGUCUCUUUACUCGACUGCAGAAGAAACAGUGCAGGUUGCCUGGUAUCUAUUUUUAAUGGGACAACUGAUAUCAUGUUUAGAGAGCAGCAGAUAAAGCCUUCUUUCCUUUUUUUUUUUUUUUUUUUUUUUGGAACAGAAACGAUAAUAGUAAUAGUGUGCACACAUUUCAACUCCAGUUAGUCAUAUCAAUAGUAUUUAUCGACAUAGAAAUUGCACUUCAUUUCAAUGACUAGUUUUGUGGUACAAUAAUUAUUGUUAUAUAUUGAUUAUUUAAAAUUUGUGAACUCUUAAAUUGUAAUUUAUUGCCAUUUAUGUUAUCGAUGUUUAUUUAUUUGAAUCAAUCUAUUUAUUGACUUUGUUUUGUAACAAAAAGAGAAAAAAAAAUGCAUCGCUACUGAUUACCAUGGUCAAAGUGAUUUCAGGAGUCUUACGUCGAUAUUUUAAAAAGCUAUAUAGAUAAUUGACCACACUUAUUUUGUUUUGAAUACUUUUUAAGAACAUUUUUAAGUGCAGAUAUUUUAUAACUGAUAAAGUUUUGAUAAUUUUAUAAAAAGUUUUUUGUUUUGUUUUUUGGUUGUUGCUAUUGGUUCCUCCUUUUUGUUUAUGUUCUUUCUGUUACUGGUACAUUCAGAAACCCACUGCUGAAAAAAAAAGAAAGUAUGUAUUUAUUAUUUAUUUAAUAUGAAAGAAAUUGACUGUGAUAUGGUUGUAUAUUUAUUUUGUUAUUUAUGUGCGUGAUGUGACAGCUGAGUCUGAGUAGUCUUUAAAAAAAAAUCCAUUGCUAAUAUUUAAAUAAAGAAAAAAAUCAAUACAAAACUGUUUGAUUACUUAGGCUUACCUAGACAUACCAGCAGUUCCCCCUUAGGGAUUGUAAAAGCAAAAUAACCAACAAAAGCAAUCACUGUUCUGUUGGUAUCUGGUCUCUGUGUGUGUCAGCCAUCUUGUGUUUGCUUUUGUCAGGUGAAACAAGACCAAGAAAAGAAAAAAAAUGACAUUGUUCAAAAAUGUUACCUCUCCCAAGCGCUUUGUAGCGGCCAGCACUGGCUCACCCAAAACCUCUGUAAUGUACCAUAGAAGUUAAAGUAAUGCCUUUUGAUGAAUUCUAUUUAUCUCUUCUAUUGAUUUUGUUUUUUCUUUUGGUGUUAAUUUCAUGAGCAAAUGGUACAUAUAUAGAGCUCUAUUCCAGCAGUGUUUUAGGCUGGAUGAAUGGGUCUAAAACACACACACACAUUCACACAUUCACACACACACGCACACACACACAUGUACACACAGACACACACACACACACACUGACUUAUCCAACCCUCAAGGAUAGGAUGGCCUCCUUUGACAAACUUUUAUCAGAUAAGCAUAUACACCCUUGUAGCCUUACUCUAGAUUUUAAUUUUUUGAUGCACAAAGUGCCACUAAAGACCCUCACUUUCUUUCCUGAUUCUUCGCAUUCUGCAAUGUAACAAUGUCUGGUCCCGGGAAGACCACGGCAUCAAGAGAGUGGUGAUUGUUUCAGAUGCCUUUAUUUCUCUGCCAAGAUGGCCAUAAGUACACUAUAUAUACAUUCUGUAUAAAUAGAAUUUAAAGAUGCUAUAUAUAUGAAUAUAAACAUACAUAUAUUUUUCCAGUGUAAUUGUUGACUUGCUCUUCUUCUUCUUCUCUUGUAUUAGCUUAUCAGAGGAUCACUAGCUGUCUAGAAGAGAUGUGAGAGACGUUAUCAAUAGGAGGCAGUUACACCUUAUAUAAUAUCACUAAGACCUGCUCAACUGUGGCUUUAAGCAUACCGUUCAGUCAAGCUAAAGGCAAGUAGGCAUUAUUGAUGAUACAGUACAAUACUUUGGAAAUGUUUUUUUGUCAUAGGUUUCCUUUCUUUCUUUGGAUUUGUCUGUCCUUGAUCAGAAAUGUUGAAAACAUCUACUGUAUGUUGUACUACUGAAUCUGAAAAAUGACUGUCAAGUUUGAACUAGAUGGUUGGCUCUUUGUUCCUAUAAGUGUCAUGUGAGUUCAUGUACAGUAAAUGAUGAUGCCUCUGAAUAAUGUUCUGCACAUAGUGUUUGGCUACAUUGUGCAGUUAUUGUAUUGUUAUGGUCAGGCCUGCUCGCUGUGAGCUGAUUCUCUCUGCUGUUGAAUCUUGAAACAAGCAAAUAGGAGACUUUAGUGUAAACCUGCCUUUGAGUGAGCCGUUGCAGCUACUGUGGUGUACAGUACGAUACCCUUGUGUAACUCUGAUGUCAAAGGCAUGUUGUAAAUGUGCUUUUAGCCAAUGUAGAAUGAAACUCCUUUGUGCACUUUCUGAAUAACCAUUGAAAAUGCCAGCAUUUGAGUCUCAACUUGUAAGAACCCAAUAGAUCACGGCCAAUAGCAAGUAACAUUUUAUUCAUCCCCUCUGGUGGGAAUGUUAUUAGACCUGUUUGUUGAUGUUCAAUGUAGAAAAAAAACAACAACAGAAAAAAAAAAGAAAAACACUGUACAUUAUGUCGGAUAGAGAAAUCUCUUUGAUUCAGGGGUUGCGUCUUGAUCCAACCCGUGCUGUCAAAGCAUGCAAGUGUAUAAAUAGGAAGUGAUGCUUUCUUUUCCAAACGAAACACUUUGACCAAACCAAAAGAGAUUGACAGGAAGCAGAGUUUGGUUCUCAGGUGACUGGGGAGAGCUGCUAAAGCAGAAGAGAGCAAUGCCAUAGGCCAGCCAGUCAGCUGAGGCUAGAGGCGAUAGCAGCUGCUGGAUCAAGGCCUCGUGUGAAAUGAGAUGAGUGUGUGGGAGUGGGGGAUUGAUCUGCCAGGCUACACAAUCUCCCUCUUGGUUUAAGGAGGAGGCGUUUGUUGCAUAAAUAUGUGUCCAUCACUCAGAAGAAUGUCAAAGUCUUUUAUGACUUUUUAAACCCUGCCCCCCUUUAUGUCUUGUGUAACCUUUCCUCAGGAAGGAUCAUUUUGAUGCAUUUGAUUAACGAAGUAGCGUAUUCUUCUUCUUUUGAAAUGCACGAGCAUACUACCCGAGCAUAUUAAGACUGUGAAUAUUCUCCUAACUUCUUUGAUAUGGCAUGACCCCUUUUAAACUGCUUGAUGAAAUUGUCUACUGAGGUAUGUACAGUAAAUGGAAUUACACUAAGACCACGAGAGCAUAACAUUUUCAAAAAUGUCAGCUGAGGAAGGAAACGCAGCCUAUGGUUGAUUCUGUGCCCACGCACAAUGUUUUCUUCUUUACAUAAAAAUGCAGAGUGAUGGAGCGAGGAGUUUUUAUUAUGCUCAAAGUGAAUUGAAAAAGGAACCGGUCAGUGGCAGUUUCCCUAAAGCAUCUGAGGUGGAAACGGAGGGAAAAUGAUUCCGAGCCCCAGACUGAAUUCUGCUUUGUGUUGAAGAGGAGGGAGGCACACCCUCACAACCCCGGUUUCAUUUCAGCUGCAGAUCGGCUGAAAUGCGGGCUUGCCAAAAGCAGAGUGGCCACACUUUAACACGCACACCACGUAGAAAAUGCAAAACGACAAACAUUCAUCAGAAAGAAAUGUAUGGUAGAGUGGCACUUUUCAUCAAGCUGAACAAAACCAAAAGCGCCCCCCCCCCACCCCAGCCUAACCCCACCCCACCCCGCCCCACCCUCUUAGUUGGCUACUGUAGUUUCAAGCUGUGUGGUCUUAUCAUGUGUGCCUUUCUCACUCCACUCAUUUCAAGCUAAGGUAUGUUUACACUCGGCAAACCUGGUUCAAAUCCUGCUUAAAAAAACAAAACAAAGCAUAACAAAAAAAAAAACAUUUGGUCUGGAUCUGCAUCUCUUUACCGAUAUGUUCCUGUGGUGGGGAAAGGGGUGGGUGGGUUACUCUGUAUAGGGAAGUAAAAUAAAUGUGUCUUUUACAUGCAGGUAGACGAUGCGACUUUUGCCAUGGUGACACCACCAUUUUGUUACAGAGACACAAAACGUCAAGGUGUUGUUAGGGUAAAGAAACUGUGAUUCUAACUCUGUCGAUUCAGGUACCAAACUGCAUGGACAGUUUCUGUGAAGGAAUACGAAGAACAUCAUCAUCCUAGAUAAUGCAUCAGUGUGCAGGGCAUUAUUUUGAAACAAGUGGAAGUCUCUGUACAUAUUUGUAUUAAAAAGAAACAGUGUUAUUGUUGUUGUAUGGUAAAAAAAAAAAAAAAAAAAAAAAUUAAGAAAAAAGAGAAAAAAAAGAUUCAAUAGAGUUUGUGACAAAAAACAAAAACAAAAACAAAAUCCACAGCCAAGGGUUGUCCUGCUAGCACAUUUUUACAGAGAUGAGCUAUUUUUACUGGUGAUUUUCUAGGCAUUGAUAUUGAUAUCCUUUUGAAAAAGUACAAAACUUCCAAAAUUACAAGCACUUCCACAACGAUAGAUUGUAUGGUAAUUUUUGUUACUUUUGUAGAGGUGGUUGUUCCUUUGCUACUGCACCGUUUUGUAAAGUGGGACAGGCCUUGGCUGUGCGUCCUCGGGGUCUCCAGUUUUGUUUUUUUGUUUUUUCCUUUUCCUUUAUUCUUUUUUUUUUCUUUGGGAAGUAAAAUGCUGUAGAUGGGCCGAUUUUGUGACUGUGUGUUUGUGUACUUGUGUACAUGUUCCCCUGUUCCUGUGUCAGUGUUAUACAACCAGAGAAGUGAUGUCAGUUAUUGUGGGGGUAUGAACCAUUUUAAAUGUUCUCUAUGAAAAACACAAAUAAAGAAUCAUAGACAA